AUUCAUCCAAAUGUCAGAAAGGGCUGGGGCGACUCGGGCGAGUUUACGUUAACAUACUGAAUUUCGGUGAAAACAUUAAAACAAUUACUAUAAUGUAAACAACAGUAUUUGUGGAUAUACGGCGUCUGAACGCCUUAUACAAAAACACAGUGUUUCAACAGCGCUUUAGUGUGAAUAACCUCGUUUGAUUUAGCGUUUGUUUUUCAUGUAAAAAGCACAUCAGGAACAUGUUGAAGUUUAAAAAAAUGGGUUCGGAUAAAGUGCCGUUGUUGCUCGUCACCGCCAACGUUGGAUCUAUAUUUGAGGAUCCAUCGGUGAUGCUGCCGAUAUGGACGUCAGAGUUCCUGCAGGCGGUGUCCCGGAUGGAUCCCAAGUUCAUAGCGUUGCAUCUACAAGAGGUUGGCGGGAAGGCGUACGAAAAGUCGAUGCAGUAUGUCCAAGACUUCGUGCAACGGCUUUGCGACUGCCCAGAGUUGCGGCUUUAUGACAAGAUCAGGAUAUUUCUAGACGAGGAUUUUAGUUCACCGGAGAAGUUUACAGCGCUAGGUAACAUGUACUUCGCCCACACGUCGCUCACAGACCUCAAGAUAUGGGACUUCGAGUUGAAGACAUACGUGGAAGUCGCCGGCAAGGAAAUCCACAGUGGGAACAUUGAGAAAGUCACUACCAAGGAGAAAGCCAAAUUCCCGCAGCAUUUCUUUCCUGAGUGUAAAUGGUCUCGCAAAGGAUUCCUGCGCACGCGCUGGUGCAUCCGCGGCACGGCGGUGGAGUUCAUUAACAUCCACCUGUUCCAUGACGCCUCCAACCUGCUCGCCAUGGAGCCGUACCCUUCAGUGUACUGCCGCAGCCGGCGCCGCGCGCUGCGCCACACGCUGCGCCACGUGCACUCCGACCUCCACGCCGCGCCAUACUUCAUCUUCGGAGACUUCAACUUCCGCACUGACACCGGGGGGGUGGUUAAGAAAGUGACCGAAGACCUGUCAGCGAGUCGAGUGCAGAACGGUACCAACGUGGAGUCAUCGAAGCUGCAGUACCGCUGCAAAGACGACGACCGCGUGGUGCUCACCAUCGGCAAGAAGGAGUUCGCGCACGUCGAUCACCAGAAGGUCUUCAGGGAGCCUUGGUUGCAGCGUUUCGACCGCGAGCUGGAAGCGUUGCGGCCUCACCUGUACGAGUUCCCGAUCAAGUUCCCGCCCACAUACCCCUUCGAGGAGGACGUGCAUUUACCCACACAUUACAUGAAGACCAGAUGCCCGGCGUGGUGCGAUAGGAUAUUGUUGUCGCAAUCAGCGCGGCUGCUCGUGCAGCAUCAGGACCCCACCAGACCCAGCGAGAACAGGCAUCUGCAUUCAUCCAGGAAGUCGAUGGCCGACUCCACAGACAGCAGCAGCGGGCGAGUGUCGUCAUCAGACAGCAGCCCUGCUAGGUCGGGCUCACCGGCGCGGCAGGGACAACAGUCGAGCCCCGGGCGUACCCUGGAGAAGAAGAGCAGCGUGGCCGAGCUCGACGCGCCCGCCGCGCUCGCCGUGCCCGCCGCCGCCGUCAGCAGGAAGAGCAUCGCCGACCCCACCAGCGUGCAGCAGGCCAUCAACGCCAGUAUUCAUUGCAGGGUGACAGACUCGGAGGGCUCCCCUAUCCGGCGCAAGUUGGUGCGCAACCAGUCCGAGGGCUCCCCCAAGCCGGGCGACGCGCUGUCGGCCGAGCUGCGCCGCCUCGUCGACGCGCCCGCCAGGAAGCGGAACGAGUACGGCGUGAUAGGAGACACCGCCUGCAUGGGGGAUCAUAAGCCAAUCUACCUGAGAGUGAUGCUGCAAAGCGACCGAGGUAACUUUCGUCAGGAGUUUCAUUCUGAAACUUCUCCAAAACACAUGAAGAAUGAAGAAGUGGAAAACGUGUCUGAGAAUGUCGCGGAGUCACCAAACACUAGAUACAUACAUUACAAUUUAGACAGUCCUUGUAAUAUAUUCAAGGAAACUGAUAUUUAACUUGAUAUUCUAUCUAAAAGUAUUGUCAACUUUAUUUUUGAUCUCUUGAUGUUGUUCUAAGGAUUUAGGUAAACCUAUGGAUAGUCUCGGAUUAUGUCGUGAAUGUGACCCGAAAUGAACAUGCCUUUAAUUUUUGGAUAAUAUUUAUAUAAACAGGGUAUUCCAUGAUCUCGUUCCUGUAACCGUGUGGAAGAUGGCAUGUAAUACAAAUUUACAUUUUCCUAGGAAAAAACAAACAAUAAAUCCUAUCUAUCACACGUAGUCCUCAUAAAGAGUUUCGUAGGUUACGUCAAUAUCUGUUGUCAUGACAAACAAGAUAUAUCGUAAGAUUUUUUUCCCAAAUUGAAUUAGAUACAUAUUUGUAUUCAGUAAAAAAACUAUAUAUUUGUUUUUUCUCCGUAUUGAAUAUUAUGGAGAAACGUCCUUUUGCCAACGCGGCAGAAAUGGCAUGUGCCAAAAUUAUUUUUUCGUAACAUUUACCUAGGAACUUCUGUGAACUACUAUAAACUAUAAAGAAACUAAAAAUAAAAUGGUAUGUCUUAUUUCAAAAUAACACGACUAUACAUGGCUUUAUCCACCUCUUACUUAUACUAUAAUCUUAGUUAAAUAGAUUAUGUGCCAUUAUGUUGCUACUAUAAGCUGUUUAGACCUAUGUGGUCUCGACACACUAGAGUUAUAUUCACUACAUUCCAUAGUGGAUAUGCGUACUUAUAUUAGUAGCGAAUUUAGAUAAAUAUAAACAUGUCACGUGGAUUUAUAGAGUUAAUGCGUAUUAUCUACCAGUAUUACGCCAAAUAUAGUACAGAAUUCUAAAAUAUAGAGACGCCACUUUUGCGGUAAUAAUGUUAGUUCAAAUGCUUUGCAAUAAAUAUUUGUUAUUUACAUAUUUCAGGUUUUAGGUCGGUAGUGAGUAUUCAUCUUUGAAGCUAAGUUAGAAUAAAAAUAUUCUCUCCACGCGAAAACCUACUCUAUUUACUUAUACUUAAAAUACUCAUCUAGUCCUGUUUAGCCUAUGAUAAAAGUAUAUGACCUAUCACCCACUUCGCAAGUAUGUUGUUCCUUUAAUAAUUAUCGACAGGAAAAAAAAACAAAAUAAACAUUGGUUUAGGUAUAUUGAAAAAAAAAACAAUAUUGAAUUGAAUUAAUGGCGAAGUAACUAUGUUAAUAUAAUUAUUAAGGUGGCCAAAUAUUGCUACUCUAUAAUCUUUACUAAGCCACGUAGUGUUUCUAUUUCAUAGUUGCUACAACUUAUUGGUAAUAUAUAAGCAACUAUAAAUUUAAAUAUCUCAUCCGCAAUCGUACGAGUUAGAUAGAUGUAGUUACACGAUUAUUUCUCAUAAUAAAUGCAUGUAACGAAACAGUUUCUACGAAAUACGAUUUUCGACCAUCUUAAUACAUUAAUUCUAAAUAUUAUUAGAAGGAAUUAAUGUAUUAAACAAAAAAAAAAUAACUGCUGAGACAGAAAAUUUCGUAACAAUACCUAUAUCGUUAAGUAUAUUAUUUCGAGAAAUAUAAGCAUACUUCAUAAAGGAAAGUUAUCGCAUAAGGCUUUCAUUACACUAGCUGUUGUCUGGUGAAAAGACGUUAGUUCAAUUAGAAUUUUUGUUUUUAAUAUUUCUACUUGGCAGGAUAUUUUCUUGACUUCCAUUGGGGACCCUUCACCGACAGCUAAACUUUUUAAAGAAAUCCAUAAAGGCAUAUUUGCUAUAAUUUAAUUAAUCUGCUAUCUAUAAGUUAAACAUUUCAAAUAACUAAGCACUAUUUAAGACGUUAGUACGUCUCACGCUGCAGCAUAUUCUUUAGACCCUAGAUAGAUAAAAAGGUACAAUGCGUGUUAUGAAUAUAGGAAAUAUGCAUACUACUUUCAUUAAAUAUAAAAUCGGUUCACUAAAUAAUAUGUUGGACGACAAUAUGUAAGCAUACUUUGCCAUUUUGGAUUUUUACGUCUUGUUAUGAGAAUAUUAUCGAUUUACGCAUGCAAUGAUAUGAUCAAGGUGUUAAAGGAAAACCUAUGAUUGCAUUGCGUGUUUACCGAAGUGUUUGUAUGUUAGAUGUGUUCUAAUGAUAUACAAUAUUGUAGCAUAAUUAUGCUUAUUAUAGUAAAUUAAAUCGCCAUAAUAAUGCAAAUAUAAGUAUUAGAUAGAUGAUAUACAAACAAUGAUAUACAUCAAGACAUUGCGUUACUAAAUGAAACCAUAUACUCAGAGCCUUGAAAAUAACAGUGUACAAUAAGUUACUCAACUAGUAGAAGUAACUUGAAAAAAUGUAAUUUUAAACAAAAUAAAUAUAAAAAGUUAUUUUAAAUUUACGCAUUCUAAUGCCUCAUCUAUUAGUUAAUGAAUACGUCUCAACAUCGUCACACAUUCAGUUAGAAAUACUUACGAGCACUAUAUUCGCAUUAAACUACAAAAUGACAAAAGAAUCAGAAAAGUAAGACGUGGAUUUUUUAUGAAAAUAUUCGUUAUUCAUGGAUGCUUUUUGGUACAAUUUUAGUAGAGGUAAAGAUGAGUACAUGUUUUCAUUUAUUUACGAAAUAUUAAAAUGACCCUGUAUAUGAAACCAACCAAACAGAUGCAUUCAAAUUUAUAUUUAUAUCACAUACCAAAGUGGAAAUAAAAAGUAUAUUUUUUUUAUAAUUUCUAAAUACUUACAAAAUUGUAGUGAUUAUUCAAAAGCAUACCGUGUUUAAUAAUAGGCGUAUUUAUUGUCUCAUGUAUUUAUACCAUAUAAAUGAUUAAAAAAUGCUGUCUGUAGAAUUUAGAUUAGUGUGUAGUGCAUAGCGUCACAUUACAGGCCCUGCCCGUCCCGUGAUUUCACUACGAUUUUAAUCGUAUUAACAAGUCGUAGGGGUGUACCAUACGAUUUGAAAAACUAUCAUGGUACCGUAACCCAAUCCCAACCCAUGCGAUUCGAGAACUGUUGUAUAAGGAGACUGUAUUGAUUUCUCGAUGCGUUAGUAUUUACUUAUUACAUAUUUAGAUAGACCAGUUUAAGGUAAUUGUAAAGAGAUGUCAUCUGUAUUUCCCACUCACACAUAUUUACUAUUUAUGCAAAUCAAAACUAGAAAUUCACAAUUCCCAAGUUACUCAUUUGUAUAAAUAAAAAUACAAUUUCCUGUUUGUGGUAUAAUAAUUCGUCGAUUUAAAACUUACACAUUUAUGAGAAUAAAAACAAAUAAAUGCAUUUAACUUAAUUUCUUUUGCAACACUACUUUGUUACUUGACCAUUUCUGGUAUUAAAAAUCCGUUAUAAUUAAGAAUUUUUAGGUAAUUUCAUAUAUGACGUCAAGAUGAUAAAAUAAUGGUUCAAGUAAGUAAAAUUUAAUACUGAUAACAUUAUAUUAGUAAGUUGUAAUAGCGUGUUUUAUGCGUAAAUAGAAGAUAUUAGUAAAUUAUGAGUCAUGUAGCCAUUGUAACCUACAGGGUAAAUAAUUUGCUUGUAUUUCGCAGUUUUAAUGUGUAAUUGUUCCGCUCCUAUUAUUGUCACGAUGUUUUUCCUUGAUAAUAUAAUUUUUAAUAAUUUUAUUACAUACACAAUUUGAAACCUUAAUGAUAUGAAAUAUCUCGGUAUAUAUUUAUGUAUUAAGAACUUGGGAUUUUUUUUUAAUAAUUUAAAAAGUAUGGUAUAAUUUUCUUUAUUUAUUAAUAUUUUUAAGACUACAAUAAUUAUGUAUUCAUAAGUUUCUCAUAGUGCGUAAUAAUUACGCAAGAACAUUUUAUUUAAGUAAACAAAUUUUACGAUAAAUUGGUAACAUUAAUAUCAAAUAUCCAGAUAAAAUAAUCAUAUUCAUUAGCAAUUAGCAAAAUAAUAGUUGCAUUAUUUACCUAGAAUAAUAAUAAGAAAUAUUAAACAAUGGCGCUUACAUUGAUAAAAGCUUUAAAGCAAAUUAAUAGAAAAUAUAUUGAAAUUAAUAUAGAGAAUAAUCCGUGAAUGUACCUGAGAGUUAGUUUUUAGAAUAUAUACUAAUACAUUAUUCAUACCAAAGACCGUAGAAAUACAAUAAAACCUGAUAAAAAAAAAAAUCAAAAAUAUGCCCGUAUGGCGGGGCGUCCUGUUAUGAUAUCAUUUUUAUUCAGGUUUUAUAAUAACAAGUUUAUUAGGGAGCGGCUAUUAUGCAAAAAGUUUAUAUUCUUUUACAUAAUUAUAUAGAUAAUCUAUAUUUAAAAUAAAAACAGAGAUUUUUAUGUUGGCUUUAAAAUGUGCAAUACCCAAAAUGAUAAUUAUAAACAGGUUAAAUAUAAACAUUUUGUAUAAGAUCCGAUCUAUAGAUGUGGAUGUUGUAUUAGCUUAUGAAUUAUAAUAAAAAUAUACUUACCUAUUGUUAAAUAUUUUUUAGGCAAAUUUGUACAAUUCCUAGCUAUUGGAAAAGUGUAAAUUAUGAACAUUUAUGUGUUGUAUAACCCAAUAUAUUUACAAUAAUCUUUAUGGUCAUAAAAUUAGUUACUCCACCCACAUUUAAAUUUCUGUAAAUCCAGCGUACAUAGUUGUAGGGUGCUUUGAUAUUUCGGCAUAGUGGGAUAUGCCAUACGUCUCAUGUGUUUAAAUCGUAUUUCCGCGACCAAUUAACUAUUGAUAAAGAACAGCAUCAUAACACAAUUAUUAAUCUAAUAUUAAAAUUUUUGUGCGUAUCUGUAAGUGGUCGGGUAUCCCUUUUUUCAUGGCAAUGAUCGCGACUAUGUCAUGUGGCUUGGAUAGUGCGUAAAGCCUUAAUUAGACAAACCAAGUUUCUAGAGGCGAGUUUCUUGUCAACGCGGACAAGGAUUGCUUCAUUGUUGUAUUUAAACAGGGAAACAUUUUUAUAUUUUUUAAAAAAUCGCACGUACAGGACGAAAAAACUGCUCCGUCUGAUUGAGGCUUACAAUACUACCACAAUCGUAACUAACUUCAGGAAAACGUUUAAAAUUUACAUCACAUGUUUGUAAGAGAUGCAUGAGCCAUAUUUUUGCCUUGGGUACACAAAAAAUAUUUAACACCCUUUUCUGGCGUUAUUUUUACUUUUGCGACUGUAUGUAUAUAUUUCCCAAAGUAAAAACUAAACUAAUUAAUUGUUAUUUUGAUGGACCAAUAAAAUUGCCCAAUUUAUGUUGAAUUUAAAGUCGGCUUUGUUAAUAAUGUUAGUCAUCAAGCCAGCUCAUAACGUUUAGGUAUAGAGAGAAUCUAAUAAGUAUUAUGGUUCGGAAGCUGUACCCUUUCCGUAAGAUCUAUUGCAAAACGCGAUAUACUUUACUAUCGCAUAAUUCGUAUGGCAGCAUCUUUAGGGUCUCGGACCCAGGGUAUAGGUGAGGUCCAAAAACAUGAAAAUGCGAUUUCUUUUAUUGAUAAUUAUACAAUUUGCUAUGGGACAUAAGUAUCUCUCAUUCCCUAUUUUGAAUAUUUUAAGCGUUUGUAAUUGUUGUUUAUUUUGUACGAACAUUUACAUGGUUCCUAUUUGUAAAAUCUGCAUCAGGCCAAAAGUUUAUGUGCAUGGGUGGAAAAAACGUAAAAUAUUGUAGUUGUAGCCAAAAUUGCCCGAAUUUAAACAUAACGGAGUGUCGCCAUUAGAAAUUAAUUAUUUUAUAAACAUCGAUCGGCGUGUUUGAGAAUAUUUAAAACAUAUCUUCUCUUUGGAAUUAUUGUUCAAGUCGUAAGCAAAAUGUCAAGUCUAAUACACCUUAUUGUCUGAAUAUGACAAAGUGAGAAUCCUUUGAGGAACUAAUUUUUAUAAGUAAUAACUUCCAUAAGAAUUUGAUUGCAGUCGCAAGAUAUUUUUUGUUGCUGAUUUAUAUGCUACAGCCAAAUUUCUUUCAUACUUCCAGCAAGCCAAAAACAAGGCAGAAGCGAACAGUUCUUUGGCAGGGUUUUUGCUUAUUUUACUGUUGUUGAAUAAUCCAAUGUUUAAAAUAUUGCUUACGACGUCUUAGUGCUAUUAUAUUUUAUCUGUGUAUAGUUUAGUAUGUUUAAAAUAUUAUAUAAAUUAACUAUGUAUUAUAAAGCCAAUCUACAUCGACGUUGAUUUGACUGUAUAUUUAACGGAAAAUAACUUCAAAUUUGCAGAAUGAGCUCAAUAAUUACUACGAACAUUCGAUCUCAAUAACUAAGUACAUCCAAAAUAUAACUUGCGAUUCACGCAAACUUUUGUCUUGGGGGAAUCCACGGGAACGAAUCCACAGUAUUGCUUCCAACUUACAGGAGUUUAAUUGUCUCACCUGGCAUUUAACGUCGGUGUGAUUGGCCAUAAGAUUACUUCGUCUAAAGACUUUAGUAUUACCAGACAUGGCGGCGUUGUAUUUAUUUUAAUUAAAAUGUGACAUUGCAACUAGAAAUGUAGCAUUGUACAUGUGUAACAAUGAUAAUAAUUCACAAACCUAACUUAGUUAAUCUUAUUUAACAACAUUGAAAUAAUUUAUGUAACCCAUAGAAUAUUUUACCCAAUUUUACAUUACUGUCAUUUUUCAAAAUAUUAUUACAAUUUGAUAAAAUCUUAUUAACUUAAUUGAAGUAGUUGUUUCUUUUAAAUCUCGUCAUAUCUGGUAUUUCGAAGUCGCAUAUUUUAUAAUUAAAGUCACGUUGAAUUCGCAUAUAGCAAAUGUUGCUAAGUAUGCGGGAAAAAAGGAGGAGUGAUAGAUAUACUCGAUUAGAGCGUUUAAUUUAAAAUACGCAGGGAGAUAUGGACAGGUGGGUUAUAAAAUAUAUUAUAUAUAAGGCAUCUGUUAGUAGCAAGACCAUUAUCUAAAUUUCGGUGAUAGCUGAUUUUAUAAUAGAUAAAAGUUAUCCCUCAAAUAAAUGAUAACUUGACUGAAUAUAAAGGUGAGUGAGGCAAUUGAAUUAUAUUCAUACAACUGUCAUUUCGAAUUCGUACGUAUUGCAUUUAAAACACAUAUUUAUACAACUAACUCCGUGUUAUCUUAAAUAACUUUAUUAUUAAAUUGUUAUUGUUAUAAUUUACAGUGAUUUAUUAUUGUUAUUUGUUACUACGGUCUUAUUUACUACUAUACGGUUUUAUUUUGAAGAUUAAUUUUAUAAAUCUUUUAAUUUCAUAUUUGUGUUAGAAAGAUCCGUCCUUAUAUUCCAGAUGACUAACCUGGCACCAAUUUAUUAAUAUUGUAUUAACGAGUAAUUUUCAAGAAUAAAUAUAGAUCGAAUUAAUACAUCAAUAAUAUUUUAUGUAUCAAGCAAUUUCAAGAUAUGUGUAAGUAUUUAAAUUUAUGGUUAAUUAUUAACUUUUUUAUUAUGUCAUGUAUUAUGUAUAGUCUGUUCAUGCGAUUUCAACGUGAUUUUAAUUCUAAUCUUUGUCCUCUAGCUGAGGAGUUAUAACUUAACAUACAAUUAUUAUCUCUUUAUCUAUUGUCUAGUCACUGUUAGUCUAUUAUGAAUGAAAUAUUACCAGCCAUAAUACGGCAAGAAGUUUGAAUAUAUUUGAUUACUUUAUUUGAAUUGGACUCUUGCCUGUUAUGGCUGUGUAUUGAUUUCUUUUAAAAUUGUCCGUAUUGUGUAUUUUGAUCGGUGUGAAUAAAUUAAAAAAUGUUCGGAA